GGAAGUAACUCGGAUUCGAAGGGGCGUGGCCCGUGCCGUAUGUACGGAAUCCGGGCGCUGUUCGGCCUCGGCCUGCUGGUUGGGGGUGCUCGCCUCGCAGCGAGGGCGGAUACCUGCCUGCGGACCGCGGGAGAACGUGGAGCUCAGUGCAGGAAAUACCGAGCAGGGGCUGCCAUGGAGGGGGGGCUCAGAUACCUCAGUCAGGAGGAGGCGCAGGCGGUGGACGAGGAGCUGUUCAACGAGUAUAAGUUCAGUGUGGAUCAGCUGAUGGAGCUGGCAGGACUGAGCUGUGCCACCGCCAUCGCCAAGGCGUAUCCAGUGAGCUCCUUCACGUCCGGUCUGCCCACCGUGCUGGUUAUCUGUGGCCCCGGGAACAACGGCGGUGACGGACUGGUGUGUGCCAGGCACAUGAAGCUCUUCGGCUAUGAACCCGCCAUAUUUUACCCCAAGCGUCCAAACAAGACCCUGUUUGAGAAUUUAACCACACAGUGCCAGAAAAUGGACAUCCCCUUUCUCUCGGAGUUUCCACAAGAGGCAGAGGUCAUCGAUGGAGCCUACAACUUGGUCAUUGAUGCCAUUUUUGGCUUCAGCUUCAAGGGCGCGGUGCGUGAACCCUUUGGCAGCAUCCUGAAUACUCUGAAACGUAUUACUAUACCCAUUGCCAGCGUGGACAUCCCAUCAGGAUGGGACGUGGAGAAAGGAAAUCCGGAGGGCCUGCAGCCAGACAUGCUCAUCUCCCUGACCGCCCCCAAGCAGUCAGCCGUUCACUUCUCCGGACGCUACCACUACCUGGGCGGCCGCUUUGUUCCCAUGGCCUUACAGAAGAAGUACAACCUCAGCCUCCCGGACUACCCUGGUACAGAAUGUGUCCACAGACUGCUCUGAAGACGGAAACGACACGGACAGCUGCAUCGGAGUGCCCACACAGCUGCUGCGCCGUUUCAGUGUGUUUCAUGACUUUGAAGAAAACCAAUAAAUGAUUGUGUUCAUCAUG